UCCAUGCUCAGUCCUCCUAGUUGGGUCAAGUCCAAAAACUCGCUCGCAAUAUCCAUUAUCCAAUCCAGAUGGGAGGCAUACCGAUCUCAAUUGUUGUUGAUUAGGGAUCCCGAUCUGAAUUGCCGACGGCGACGAUCUCGAUCCUCUUCCGAUAGCUAGCCGACGUUCGAGUCGAUGGAAAGCCUGGAAAUAUUGAGGGAAGCACUGGAUCGGUGGCGUUAUUUUGCAUACUACUUGCAAUUGGACAACCUCAAGUCAAGAACAACAACUCUCAGCCAAUCUUACAUGGAAACGUUUGCGCUUGGCUGCAUUCAGAUGGAGCGAUGGCUGAAGGAUUCGCUUUGGGAGUUGGAUCCACCACCAUUGAAUGGUGCAAAACAAUAUAGUCUGGAUGAUUUGAAAGAGAUGACUGAUAACUUUAGUUCGAAAUACUUAAUUAAGAAGACUAUGCAUGGGAGAUUGUUCCGAGGCUUUAGUGACAAUCGUGAAGUGACCAUCAAAACCUGGGAUUUCUUUUGUCCCGAUAAGCGUGUUUAUGAGGACCACCCUAUGAGAUUCUGUAAUGAGCUUGAUAUACUGAUCGAUGAAAAUCCACAUCCGACUUUGAUGAAGUUGAAGGGCUUCUGUUUUAAACAUAUACUUGCAGUUGUGUAUGAUGAAAAACCAACUAAUUUUUUAUCAGAGGAGCUCUAUGCUGGUAAGAACUUUGGGUUGGAUGCUAGAAUGGAGGUGGCGACUCAACUUGCAAGCCUCUUCAUUUGGUUGCAUGAUAAAGGAAUGACAUUUGGUGAUGUUGACACUUCUACCAUAAUAAUUGAUAACGUAAGUAGUUUUAUUUUUAUGCUCCGGGGAAAAUCUAUCUCUAUGUUCCCAAAUCUCCAGAAGAGCUGUCUCAAGGCAAAUCUACAGAGUAGUCCUUGGCAUCCACCUGGCAAAUAUGAAAAAAAGGUAUAAAGUUAAAAAAAUAAAAAUUAUAUAGUAAAAUACUGUGUCAAAAUAUUUACAAAAUUAGUGGUGACAUGAUUAUUUUAUUUUAUCAAAUGACUGCGGAAAAUAGAGAAAGUAAAUAAAGUUUGACUAUGUGAAUAGUAAACAACAUUAAUUUGAGACGGAGAAAGUAUUUAUUAUCAUUGUUAUUUAUUGCAUCAAAAUUGGGUGAGAUCUAAGGGUCACGAUUGCAUCAAAAUUAGGUGCACCAACAUUAAUUUGGGACGGAGAAAGUAUUUAUUUAUUUAUUUAGUUCGUGCAACAAUACUUGCAAAACAAUAGUUACAAACAAGUAAAAGAAAAAUGCCAAUAGUCCGGCCCAGUAAUUUGCCCUAUUCAUGAGAGGGUGUCGUCUUUGGUAAUUACCUGCGCUCUUCGUUACAUUGACGAGGGUAAGUCUUGUUUCGAUCAACGGCUCUUUUUCGCUCUUGUCUUGAAGGUAAUAUUUUGCCUCCUACUCUGCCUCAUCUCUGGUCUGUGAUGUUUUUUCCCUCAACUCUAACCCCUCAGUUUGAGGAUUUUUGUAUUUUAAACUUUUGAAGCUCAAUAGAAAAAGUUCAAAAAAAAGGGUUAUUUCUGAAAAGCUUUAGGGAUAGAGGUAGGGGAAGAAAAAUAGUUUGCAUAUUCUACGGUUUUGCUAUUACAUGUAUUUGCAUUUGCAGAUAAAUCAUGGAAAAUAGAAUCCCAAACAGCUUAGACGAAGUGCGUGGUACUUUAGAGAAGAUUGGAAUUGGGGAACCUGUAAAACCCAAGGAAAAUUUUCUCCAGAUUUUAGGUAUUACACAAGCAGAAAGUGAGCUGCCAUCUUUUGAUCCUCCCUCCCUGGAAAUGUUAUGCUACUUGUGGCUUUCAGAAACUUCACUUGGGAUCCCAUUCGAGUGGGAGGUGGUAGGAGACCAUAGUGGUAGGAUGUUAUUAUUGGUCAUGGUUUAAAAGUUCAGUUCUAAAAGAAAUCGUUUAUAUCUUUCUGCACAGUAAAGCUAGAUGAUCUUCUAUUAUAUAAACAAAUACGGAGUAUGAUAUAUGGAUUUAUACCUGUGUCUUAGGGGCUGUUUGUUUCAGCCUCUUAAUGGUUCAGAUGUCUGAAUGGUUCAGCACUUAAUGAUUCAGACUGUUUGUUUCAGCCUCUUAAUAGUUCAGAUGUCUGAAUGGUUAAGAGAUUUGCCUCUGAAUGGUUAACUAUUAUACAGAGUCUGAAUGGUUAAGAUCUCUUAUCUGAAUUGAUCAGACAUUUGCCUCUGAAUAGUUAAGCAAUAUACUAGCUCUUAAUGG